UUCUGACUUUGUUCCUUCACCAAAAAGUUAUACAAUUUCGCGAUGUUCGUUUUGUCUUUUCGUGUCCCCUUUUCAACUUCCAAGACUUAAGGCUCAGCUCUUGUUAUACUCAGUGUUGGAAUAGGCAGUGUACCUGCAGAAUUUUCUAGGGUUAUGUAGUAAGGACAUUCUGGGAGAAGUAUUAACUUUAAUAAUUAGUCCGAGGGACACCCAUAGUCCUUUUUAAACCCUUUAUCUGUAGAAAAGGUAGUUCCCUAACUUUACUGAGAUGAGAAGAGGCCAUACCUUGGUCAAAAGUUAACGAAACUCAUCAAGAAUUCAAAGAAAAUGGUAUAUUUUUACUGAAAAAAAUGCCAUUUAAAACUCAAGGCGGACAAACUACCUGGUAAUUUCACCCAAGUUUUCCAGACUACGAAUGUAUUUUCCGGCUAUGGCAUGAUGAAUUCAACACGCUUGCCUAACAGACAAUAUAAAUAGAUCAUUAUACCUGCAAAAAGGAAGUCAAAUGUCGCCAAAUUAGAAAUAAUGAACAACUAUUAAUAUGUGACGUCGUCAGCGAAAAUGAGUCCUGUUGAGGUAAUCACGUUACCGAGAUAAAGCGAGAUUAAAAAACACAACACGUUUUCUGGGCAAUUAUCGUUUUGUCAAUUAACUAAUUUGGGAUUAUUUUGCAAAGUAUUUACAUAAUCGAAGUGUAUAAACAAUAUAAAGGCACAUCACUCUGCUAUCAGUUGAUUAUUGUCGAUAAUAUUCAUGCUGCCUGACCUUAAAUCAUGAUUAAUCGCCCUUGAUCUGAAGGUGUCGCUCUCCGCCAUUUUGAUGGAAACAUGUCGAAAUCCGUACUGAAGAUAUGACGGUUUUGCCGGUUUAUCCACACGGCAUUAGAAUGCUUUUCGGAUUAAUUACACGGAAACAAUUAUUUGGAAGGUAAUGUAUGCAGUUAUCUAUGUUGUCAUCCUUUAUUUAAAUUGUCAUUUGAUGUUUAUUUUAAAUAACCUUUUGACAGUUUGACCCGGAAGUAUUUUUCCGUAACAAAAUACGGUUUACUAAUAGCAACAGAUAUUAUGGCGGAAAAUUUGAAAAACACUUGAACAUUUUAUGAAAAUGUCCCAGUUGAGUCAAGCAAGCACCACCCCCUACGAAUUAAGCCAAGACCAUUUAUUUCGCGAAGAGUUAUUAGAAGUUGAUAGACUUUAUUUUCAUGUUUUGUGUCCAGAGAGUUCUGGUGCAAGUGAGAUAGAAUUUAGUCAGUCUGAUUCAGAAAAUGAUUCUAGCCAUGAAAGUAAUGCUGUCAAUGAUGAAUCAGAUGAUGAUAUAUGUAAUGCAGAGACUGUUCAGUGUGAAAGUUUUGACCAUGAUUUAGAACCUUCUGCAGAGGAUUUAAGACAGAGAAAGAAAACUGAUGAUUUCUUUGCUCAGACCUGCAAGUGUGAAAAACUUUAGGCAAACCAUGCAGUCAAGUUGUCGAUGGUAAUGAUAUUACUGACUUACGUAUGUAUUCAGCCGGUAUGCAGACAGAUGAACUUGAUCUUGUUAUUAAAUCAGCCAUGUUGUGCCACAGAAAAAAUGGCCAACAAACUGACAGUUGUAAACAUAAACGGCAGGAGAGGGUUAGGCCCAGUCAGUAGUUUUAUAUUAAGGGAGUUGAAGUUUGCCGUGAGGUAUUCUGUUUCGCAUACAACAUCGGAAAGGAGAAACUAAAAAGAAUUGGUCGCUCUCUUGACAAUGAUGGAUUGAUUGCUAGGACUCAUGGUAAUACCAAAAGACUACCUCAUAAUGCAAUCACAUUUGAGGAAAGAGAACACAUAAGAAAAUUCCUCAUCUGCUAUGCAUCUGACAAUGCAAUGCCCGUUCCCGGAAGACUUCCAAACCACCGCAAAAGUAAAAGUGUUGUUGUUGCCAUCUGAUAAAUCACAAGCAGACAUUCAUGUUGAAUAUGAAAAAAUAGAGGGUGCUAGAAGCUAUGGCGUGAGUUGUGCCCACAUAUAGUCUUAGCUAAACCAAAAACAGACUUGUGUUUUAGAUGCCAAACCUUUUCUUUUAAUAUUUCACAAAGUGGUGCCCUUUCUGAAGAUGAUAAAAUGACACUUCUUGAUGAAUAUGAAAGUCAUGUUGAAAGUGCUAGACAUCAGAGGGAGCAAUAUAGAAUGCAGUGUGAUUACUCUAAAGUUACAUGUAGUGAAAACAUUACAGUUGAAGGUGUGCUUUGGUUAAUAAAUUUCUAUGCGCUAUAGUUUUAGCUGUCUUAUGUCAUGCUUCAAUAUUUUCUAGUCUAAAAAUUAAAAUAUAUGUUAAAUUCUAUUGAUAUUUUAGGUUCAGAGUCAUGUUCCUUAGAUGCAACCGUCCACUACAGCUGGGACUUUGCACAGCAGGUUCAUAUUCCACACCAUAGCCAACAGGUUGGACCCCUGUAUUUCAAAACUGCCGGAGGAGAUGUGAGGUAUUUGGAGUUUGCUGUGAUGGAUCUGAGAAACAGGUGUUUUGCCUGGGUGAGGCACAUGCUCAGUUCCACUUUGACAAUUGCCAAGGACAACAAAAAUAAUGCCAUUCUUGGUUAUGCUGUGUGGAGAACAUUGACAGGAGGGCAUAAGACAAUCCAAUACUCACUGAUGCUAGCCGGCCACACCAAAUUUUCAUGCGACGGGCAUUUUGGAGUUUGGAAAAACAGAAUGAGACACAUGGAUGCAGAGACAGUUGAGGAGGUGGCUUCCACAGAAGCCAUGUCAUCCCGAAAUGGCCACAACAUUCCACAUAUUGUUGAUGGCAACAGCAAACAAGUGUCGUUCUAUGACUGGAGCACCUUCUUCAAAGGCAUUUUCAAACCAUUGAAGAACAUUUCGAAAUACCAUACCUGGGGUUUUAAGAGUAAGGAAGUUUGUUGAUGCCCCUGGGGAGAAAAUUAACAUACUGAAAAACUGCCAAGUGGAUAUUGGUGUUCUGCCAGAGCAGAUCUUUGCGGUAUAUAAACACUGAUAAAGUCGAGGACUUGUCCAAAGAUGAGCUUGUCAGUCUAUACACCGAAUAUAUUAUUCCACUGCCCCAGAGGAAAUACCGCCUUAAUCGCAGAGGAAGGGAGAUG